CCGCACGGCAGUUUGCGAGUGACCGCCGAGGUUGACGCGUGUCUGUUCAUUAUCGAAUUUCAGUGCAGUGGGUGAAGUGAUGUGUGAGUGAUAUUGAAAUGGGAUAAUGUAAGUUCGUGUGAAGGAUCUUCAGCUUGAAACUUCUUCGUUAUGAACCCAUUCCGAAGAGUCGGUAGCUCAAAGGAUGUGUAACGGACACUAGCCAUGGGUAUGGCUCUUCUGUUUGGAGCCUUAGGGGCCCUAGCCUUCAUUACUAGAACUGGAUGUACAGACAAUACAAAUGGUCUGGGUCAAGAUGGUGUACCAGAGAUAGAGUAUACCGACAUUGACCUUGGGCUGACGCAGAGAGGCCCUUACUUUGACGUCCCCUACUCGAAGAACGUCACUGCCCUAGUGGGGAAGACUGCACAACUCAACUGUAGGGUUCAUAACCUCGGAAAUAGAACAGUAUCAUGGAUCAGACAUCGGGACAUUCAUCUACUGACUUCUGGGAGGAUGACGUACACCUCAGACCAGAGAUUCAUCAGUGUUCAUAACCCACAUACAGAGGACUGGAUCCUAAAGAUAAGGUUUCCGCAACGAAGAGACUCUGGUAUCUACGAGUGCCAGGUCGGAACCACGCCACCUAUCGGACAUCGGAUGUACCUCUCCGUUGUUGAACCGCUAACAACAAUACUGAAUGGACCAGAGCUGUUUAUCAACACAGAGAGCACAAUUAACCUCACAUGCGUUGUACAACACUCGCCGGAACCACCUCCAGCCAUUCGGUGGACACACAAUGACGAGGAAAUCAACUACGAUUCACCCCGCGGUGGUGUCUCCGUAAUUACGGAGAAGGGCGAAAUGACAACCUCACACCUUUUGGUGCAGAAGGCGCGGGGUACGGAUUCCGGAAGGUACACCUGUGCCCCAGCUAACGCCAACCCCAGAUCAGUUCUCGUCCAUGUUCUUAGUGGAGAACACCCAGCCGCAAUGCAACACGGAGGCCAGUUGCGUUUGCAGUAUCCGCUUCCUGCAGCCCUCCUCAGCGUGAUUGUUGCCCUCAUGGGUUGCUAGUAGUAGAGUUUUAGAUUUAGGAACUAGCACUACUUAGAGUCGUCCAUUAUAAAGAACAAUACACGGCUACGAAAUGUAAUGUCUGCUUGAAUGACUCCAAAAGUACGUAGAAUUUUACCAUUCAUAAAUCUAUUCUAACCUUAUAUUGGGCAAAUUAUAAAACGAUAUAUUAUCGUUACGUUACCAUGGUUACAGUGUCAUGAUAUAAUAAGGGUGGUUGUCAUGAUUACAAAUACUAAAGUACGAAGGCCAACUGUAGUCCGGAUUUUAUAAUAAGGUUAAUUUAUAAUAAGCGCCACUUCUAAUGAACGACUCUUAGUGAUGUAAGUCUAUAAAUAUUAAGUUUUGUAAUUACAAUCAAUGUUAUAGUAAAUGGAACAAAUAACGUUGUGAAUAUUUGAUCUGUAAUUUACAGUUAAAAGUAGGUAAUUUGUCGAUUAUUUCAUAUAAUAUCUAAGUUUAACAUACAUUGUAAGUUUAUCGUAGAUAUUUUGUUGAAAAAAUACUGUAAAAUAACGAGUAAUUUUAAAUACAUAUUAAAUUAAUAAUAAACGGCGCAUUAUAUGGUUUACCAAUUAUAUAUCAAUAUAUUUAUUAGUAUAAAGUAAAAUCUCACAUCUAGAAAUUAUAUAAACUCUCAGAACUCUUACAAACUUUAAAAUAUUAUUUAAAAAGCGAGAGAUAUAAAUGAUAUUAUUUUGAAUAAUUUUAGAAAAGUCCUGCGAAGUUGCGAGAGCUAUCGAAUAUUUCAUGAAAUAUAUCAUUUGCAAUGAAUAUAAAAUGUUAUAAUUGAUUGUAAAGUCGGACGGCGAAUAAUCUGAAAUAAGUUUUU